AUGCUGCGCAUUAGUAAUAAAAAAAUUGCAGGUUUUGAAGGUCGAUGGGCAUCUUUUCCUGGUUUUACCAUUCUUUUCGAUAAUCCCGGAGAAAACUACUUAAAACCACGCUCGUCGAAAAUCUUCGAUCUUCAUAACAAACUUCAUGUGGAUUCUGCUCUACACUUUUACAAGAUUCUUGAUGAAGGAAUGGCACGUUUGGAUGUGAAUAGGGGUGCAACGGUAACAAUAACCGGCUUUAGUGGUAAAACGGCUUAA